AAAUAUGACCAUACGCACAAAUGUGUUUGUACUGGUGUUUGCCCUGGUUGGAACAAUUCUGUUACUAGUUGUAAUCGAUUUUAGACGCAGAAACGUUACAUGUCUGUGUGAAACUCCAAAACAAGAAGAGAAAUAUACACCAAGUUAUGAUUUGCAGAUCAAUGAAAACCAUGAUGUCAAAUAUGAGCCAAAUACAAAUUUUGACGUCAUUUCACAUAAUUCACCGCGACAUUCCAGUACAGUAACAUGGGCAGUACGAUAUAUGACGUCAGAUUCAGCGAAGGAGUUCAUGCGUUUAAUAUAUCACCUAAAUGUGUUCCAAAAACCGCGCUUUUAUUGCAACAGUUUUCGAAGAGUGGGAAGUCAACUACCUAAAGACGGGGGCUGGUUUGUCUGUUUUGACGAUAAGAUUCGACCAACCGAUUCCAAUCAACAAUGUAUUGUGUACUCAUUCGGGAUUGGUCUACCUGAUCACAAGCACUCUGAACAAGUAUGGUUCUACAAUACUGGCCUCGAUGCAUACAACUCGGAUGACGUCAUCCGAACCCUUAAAGGCCAGCAACAGCAUUGGAAAAUGCGAUCCUUUGACGAGAUAUUAAAAGAAAACGGUCACACCAAUAGAAUCAUUGACUAUUUGAAGUUGGACAUCGAGAAAUCGGAAUACGCCACAAUCCCACAGAUGUUGCAAACCGGGUCUCUAGAAAACGUGAAACAACUAGCAUUCGAGUUUCACAUAUUUGCAAUAGGAAAUGACAAUGAAGAGGAAAUGUACAAUGCAAUAAAUGAGAACAUAUUAAAGGCUCUGAAGACUCGUGGUUUCCUUUUAUGGCACAUUCACGAAGUACCCUACUCACGGCGCAG